AGGAGGGCUUUUUGUUUUUUAAAUGUAGCUCUUUUAGAAAACGGUGAAAAGGAUGAAGAGGAUAUGUCUCUGGAUUCAGGGGAUGAAAUCUCACAUAUAGAAGUAUUCAGCAGUUUUCAUUCAGAAAUAUUGGCGAGAGAAACCAAAGGAUCCAGUGGAACAGAUCAAAAAAAGAAUAUUCAAAUUGAAUUGCAGUCAUCUCUUGACGUGCAAAACAGUUUAUUAGAAGAUAAGACUUACCAAAUUGAUUGUGAAGAGAGAGCUCCUAUUGAUAGAGUACGCUCUGAAGGAGAGAACAGCAAUUCAGCAGAACAAGAUUCAUAUAGCAACGUUCAGGCUUAUCAAAAUCAAUUAAAAAUGUCCCAUCAGUUUAGUCAUUUUAAUGUUCUCACUCAUCAGACGUUUCUGGGGACACCAUAUACCCUUUCAUCAACUCAGUCUCAAGAAAAUGAAAAUUACUUUUUUUCCGUUUACAAAACCUCAGAUAGAGAGAAAUCUCCAUUAAGUUAAGGAUGUGUCCAAAGAUAAAAUUACAAUGACUCAAAAAAAGAAAAAAAAUAAGGUUGUCGUGGACUUUUUUAGUUUCUUAAAAGUGAAUUGAUGAUUUAAAAACAAGUUUCCUAAUGUCUUUUUUUUUACCCCCACUUAUAAAUCAUGGUGGUCUGUACCAUAUGUCACAUCGGAAAAUUAAAGUAAAUAUAUUUUUUGGACAUACUGUAAUCAGAUUAACUCAUGUUGGCACCUUUCAGUUUUAUGUUACCUGUACUUGGGCUUCAAAUUGAAGUCUGUUUUAUAUGUAAAAUUUGAUGUUUAUAAAAGAAUGGUAAAUAGUAAUGACUUUCUUUAAUGUCAGAUGAUAACUAAAUUUGCUGAAAUGUCAGUUAUUUAUUUUGAUUAAAGCUUUUUGUAUAGUGUUUUUACACAGGUAUAAGCCAGCAGUGUCAAUAUUUACAGGAUUUUGGCUCAAUACCUCAAGCUAUACCUACAGUGCAGUUGCAUUUUAGGUAGUAAACCUAUGUCCAUAAUACCAAGUCGAAUUUUUUCAAUCUUUAGGUUUAACUAUGUAAAAAUUUAACUUCACUUAAAUUUUGGUCAGCCUUUUGAAAUCCUUGAUAAAUACCGUUUUGUGUGAUCCUAUAGUCAAUCAAAUGAACUUUUAAAAAUGGGGCUUUGGUUUUCACUGGCAUUAGAUAAUUUGAAAUAGGUCUUUGAGGUGGUCUAAAUUAAGAACUAGUUAGGCACUUUAGUGCUAUAUUAAAUCAAUACAAAAACUAUGGUGGAGAUAAAUUUUAAGCCCUUAUAUAACUUAUAUCUGUUGCUUACUGUUACUGUUAUCUUCAAUAUUGUGAAAACUGGGGCAUCUCCACUUUUAAUACAAUGAAAACAAAAUUUACAGAAAAGAAAAACCACAGGAUUCUAAAAUGAAUUUGAGUUGUUUCAUUAAAGAGUCUAGCUCAGUGAAAUUCUUACAGAACAAAUUAGCAACACUGUUAACAGAUCAGGGAUCUCCAGACUCUGUUAUGGUAAGUAGAAAGUACUUUUACACCCUAGUAUGACAGAGAUUUUUUUUCUAACUGUAAACCGUUUUAUUAUAUAUAAAAAAAUACAGCAUUUUUCUACACAUGAAGUUUGUCAUUGGGUGCUUGAAAAACGCAGUUGAGUGGUUAGCAUAUUUAAAAUGAAGAACUAAAAUUAUCUUCUUGGUUUGCAGUUAAGGGUAUGAGAUUCGUUUCCAACUCCUUUUGUUUCUGGAGAAGACCCUGCAAUCACAUUGAUAGUUUAGUGAAGGUGUAUAGUCAACUUAAAUACAUGAUAAAGAAAAAUUACUGAGCUCAGGAUAGAAUUGUUAUAGUGGACCUCCUUCUUUGGGUGUUACCUAGCUAGAGUGUUUUCUACUAUAAAAGCAACAAGGAUGAUUUCUUUUAAAAUUACUGCAACUGUGGAUUUGAAAUCCACUCUCAAGUGCUCUUAAUAUCAUGAGAAGACACAAUGAGAGUCUUAAUAUCCCCACUGUUUAUCUUAGCUCUGCUGAAACAGUGUAAGAGUUAUGGUGAAGUGUGGACAUCACACUCCUUUCUCUUGUUCCUUUUUGUGAGGUUACCAAGGUUGAGUCAAGCUGUAUGUAAGCAGAGGUAGCACUUAAAGGAUACAAGUAAAUGAGUAUGAGCAGGGGUAGUUUUCUAGCUUUAGGUAGAAUAAUAAAAGGUAAG